UAUUACUUAGAUUUAUUAAUUUAUCUUAAUUAAAUGUUUUCUUCUUUUCAUAUUUUUUUUCGGUCAAAUUAAUCUUAUCACUUUUUCACUAAAAAACUUAUUUUAAUAAACAAACUGUGUUGUUAUGUGUAAAAUCAUAAAAAUCUGCUUCGCGAUUGUAUCGUUUAAAAUAUAAAUCUUCGCUAAGCAAAGAUUUUUUCUCUCGCAUGUCAUCACACUUAAUCGUAUCAUUUUUCCCCACUUUUGUUAACCAGUUCAUUUAUAUACAUAUACAGUAGGUUCAUUAUUCAGACAGAGUUUGGUCAAAGAAUUUAAAGAGUAAUAUAAUCAAAUUAAUAUAAUAAUUGAUUAUACAUUUAUAAUACAAAAUAUAAGAAAUUAUGGCAACUGCAAAUUUUAAAGAUAUUUCACCAUAUAAAAUGAAACAAUUUCCACCGGCUCAGGAUUAUCUUUAUAAAGAUUUUUUAGAGCAUCUACAAUUAAAAACCGUUCAUCAUCCUCGAAUAAAAGUUGCUCUAUUUGGUGUUGGACGUGCCGGUACCAUACAUUUAGCUAACAUUGUAGAUAAUCCACGUCUUAAGCUGCUCUACAUCAUAGACGAUGUCGAAUCUAACUGGACGAAACUUAAAAGAUAUUGGCAACUCGAUGAUGUUACUUUUCUGAGUAGUAAAGAAGCAAACAAAGUGUUCAAUGAUCCUAAUAUUGAUGCAGUUAUUGUUGCUUCGCCUACGUACACACAUGAGACGAUUGUAACAAAAUCGUUGGAAGCGAAAAAGGCGGUUUUCUGCGAGAAACCGAUAGCCGAAAACAGUCCCAACACAUUAACAUGUUAUGAAACUGCCAAAAAAGUCGGCAAACCACUGUUUUGUGCUUUCAACAGGCGAUUUGAUCCUAGUUACUCUACUGUCAGAGACAGAGUCAGAAGUGGAGAGGUUGGACAUGUUCAUGUUAUUAAAACAGUCUCCCGUGAUUCUCCUCUUCCUAGUAUAGACUAUUUAAAAAUAUCUGGAGGAAUAUUCCAUGAUUGUAUGGUCCAUGAUAUUGAUAUUAUUACUUGGGUUCUUGGAGAAUAUCCUGUCAAGGUCGCCACUCAAGCAUAUGCACAUAUUCCAGAAAUAAAAGCAAUCAAUGAUUAUGAUACAGUAGUAGUAACAUUACAUUUCCCAUCAGGUACUUUGGGAGUAAUCGAUUUGUCACGAAAUAGCCCUUAUGGUUACGAUCAACGUCUCGAAGUAUUUGGUCCUAAGGGUAUGAUAUCUGCAGUUAAUGAACAACCAAUACACUGUGUUACCAGUCAUAAUGGUAUCCAAGGAGUAAACAGUCCACCAAUAUGGUAUUCAUUUCCCAGUAGAUUCAGAAAUGCUUAUCAAGCAGAAUUGAAUCACUUCAUUGAUAUAGUGCUUGGUAAAGAUGAGUCGUCUGUCUUGCCAAAACAAACUUUAGCUGUAUCUAAAGUUGCAUCUGCCUGCGAAGAAUCCGCACGUACUGGUAAAAUGGUAGAAAUAAAGUGGGCACCCAACGAAUUACCAUAAAGAAUAUGAUUGUCCAGCGAAUUUUAAUAAUUCAAAUAUCAUUCCGUUUUCUUGUAUCUUAUAAUAUCGUGAUACAUUUAUAUUAUUUGUUUUUUUAAUCCUUUAAGUCCCAAUGUUAUAUCUAUGCAACUCUCAUUUCAAAAAUUUGUCAAAUUCAAAUCUAGCUUUGAUAAAUUUAUGAAUUCAUAUUUAGUUUUUUUUUUAAUAGUUUUUUUAUUUACAAUUUCAAAAAAUAUAUUUUUUUUAAUAAAAAAUA